GGAGGAGAAAUUAAUAUUAUUAUUGAUCUAAGCAAUACUCGUGUUCCAUUUUGGGCUUCUUUCAAUGUCGAAAAGGCCAAUUCAAUGGAAUGAUCAGGUAGAUCUUGUGUCAUCAGAUGAUGAAGCAGCAGAUAUGGAGGCAGAUGGUGGUUCUUCUGGGCAAAAGCAAACCACAUAUGUUUUUAACUAUCAGCCUGCCGAUGAAAAACCUUCUGAAGAUAGAAUGGUGAGAAGGGCAAAGAUGUAUCAGGAAUACAUGAAGAAGGUCCCCGUUCCAUGUCAACGUGGCUCAAUCAUUCUAUGUAAUUCGUGGAUGGGAUUGGCGAAAUCAAUAAAGGAGCUAUAUGGGCAGCCACUGCACUACCUGACAAACAUUCUCCUAAAACAGUGGGACCAAGCGAGAUUUGAAACCGGUGAAGAUUACCAGCCGUUGGACACCAUUAUUCAUCCUCUUAAAGCAGAAGCAACCAUCUGGUUCGUGGAGGAUGUCCAUCGUCGCACAGCUUCAUACCAUCAAUUGUCAAAACUCUGGCUGGGAGAUCCAUUGCACCAUGCUUUCAUAGAUCCUAUCUUCCCUAAAAUAUGACAAUAAUUAGUCUGUUUCUUUCUCAGUCCUCUCUUGGGUGUAUGCCGUGAAUUUUGUCCUGUAAAUUAAUGGUGGAUUCUCUGUACUGAAUUCGGCGGGAACAAGUGUAUGAAGCUUGCAGACUUACUAAUCCAAGUUUGGGUUAUGAAGUAACCUAGCUACUUGGUCAAUUUUAACUGAUCCAAAGAAUUCAUUUUAUUAGA